UGGUUAUCUUAUUUUGAGUUUCUGAUUUUUCUUUUCUUUGACCUUUUCUUCUGACUGUUGCAUUUAGUUUCUCCAAUAUUUUGUUGUUUGAUUGAAAAAUGCAGUUCCCUGCUUUUGUAACAGCGCGAAUUUUCUGUAUUUGUUUGGGUUUCCUCGUUGAUGCCUUCAAUUCUAAUUGUCAAUGAGCAAUGAGACCCUUUAAUAAUUAUUUUUGAGGUUAGAUGGAUACAUUGGGUGUUAAUUCUAUGAUAUUUCGGUAAGUCUUAUGAUCGUUUAAUCAAAUCAGGGAUGCUAGGGCACGGGUUAUUUAAUAAUAUUUUAGAGUUCGAUUACUUUUUCAUUUAUUGAUCACUCUACAUUGAAAUCCACAUUUUUUGUAAUUCUUUUCCUUCUUAAAUUAAUAUUGAAUAGGAUAGUUUACUUAAAAGUGUCUGUAUUUUAAUUAUUAAAAAGCCUCUGUAUUUAUUUCAUUCAAGGGAAUCAUUCGGAAAUGCCUAAUUGUAUUGACUUUUGUUUCACAAUUUGAGUUUUCAAAUUCAUCUUAUCGGAAAUAUUUUCUUAAAAAACAAAGGGAUUGACAUACCAUGUGCUGAAGGCUACACUAAUGAUCAUAAACCUCUACCAUAUGGUCUAUGUUGGUUUCAAGAACUAAGUAAUGGUUAACACAUUUGAGUUCGUGGCAUUUUUUCUGAUGCAGGGAAGAAGUUCUUAUUUUAGAUCAGCACUAUGGAGGCAGUGGGUUCUCAACUUUAUGGUAUGAAACUUUCUGUUUCCCCUGUAAACAACUCCAAGGAUUACUUGAAAAGGUUAUGCCCUCAAAACCAACCAUUUGUUGCUAAGCAGACAGCUAUGCUACAUUGCUCACUAGGAAGUUCAAGAAAAUCUGAAACCUGUUCAUCAUUAUUUAUGACUGAUGAGAAUGGGUUCGGGACAAGAAAGUAUAGCUGCAAGGUCCGUGAAAAGAGGAAGCUAGUUGCAAAUGCAGUUUCCUCAGCAGAGUUAUGUGGUUUUGAAGAUAUUGCUGCUGAAGUUCAUUCUAUUCCAGAGCAAGAGAAGAUUGGGGUCUUACUGUUGAAUCUUGGAGGGCCAGAGACUCUUCAGGAUGUUCAGCCUUUUUUGUUCAAUUUAUUUGCUGAUCCAGACAUUAUUCGUUUGCCCAGGCUAUUCCGAUUCCUUCAGCGACCUUUGGCUCAAUUAAUAUCAGUUCUCAGGGCUCCCAAAAGUAAAGAAGGGUAUGCUUCCAUCGGUGGUGGCUCCCCAUUGAGGAAGAUUACUGAUGAACAGGCAGAUGCAUUGAAGAAGGCAGUAGAAGCAAAAACCAUACCAGUCAAUGUAUAUGUGGGAAUGCGAUACUGGCAUCCAUUUACGGAAGAUGCAGUUCAUCAGAUCAAGAAGGAUAAAAUUACGAGGCUUGUUGUUCUACCACUCUAUCCCCAGUACUCCAUUUCAACAAGUGGAUCAAGUAUACGUGUUCUUCAAAGAUUAUUGAGGGAGGAUGAGUAUCUAAGGAGGGUAGCUGUCUCCAUCAUACAGUCCUGGUAUCAACGUGAAGGAUAUAUUAAAUCAAUGGCAAAUUUGAUAGAGAAGGAACUGAAAAGCUUUAGUAUGCCAGAUGAGGUAAUGAUAUUCUUUAGUGCUCAUGGAGUUCCUGUCAGCUACGUUGAAGAUGCUGGUGAUCCUUAUAAGCAACAGAUGGAGGAGUGUGUGGACUUGAUUGUGAAAGAACUAAAAUCUAGAGGAGUCAAAAGUGACCACACACUUGCCUAUCAGAGCCGUGUUGGGCCUGUUGAGUGGUUGAAGCCAUACACUGAUAAAGUGCUUGUUGAGCUUGGUCAGAAAGGGGUGAAGAGUCUUCUUGCUGUUCCAAUAAGCUUUGUGAGUGAGCACAUUGAAACGUUGGAAGAAAUCGAUAUGGAGUAUAAACAUUUGGCGUUGGAAUCAGGCAUCAAGAACUGGGGAAGGGUACCCGCUCUGGGUUGCGAUCCAUCCUUCAUAUCAGACCUCGCAGACGCUGUAGUGGAGGCUCUUCCCCAUGCCGUAGCCAUGACUAGCUCCAAACCAGAAGACAUGGAUUUGGUGAGAUCAGCGUUUAGCUUGUUUUUUGGUUCUAUUUUGGCAUUUAUUUUGCUUCUUUCCCCAAAACUCGUCUCUGCAUACAAGAUGUACCUCAGUUAAAUAUAGUAUAGUGUGUGGUAUCCUUGUAUUGGUUUCAUUAUAGUGAGUGAAAUUCAUGAGA